ACAGCGGCGGGCCGUCAAGCCUUGAUUGGUAUUGGUCCGCCCGAACGCCGCCCAUCUUCUUUGAGACAUCGCUGCCGGCGGCUGGUACAGAAGAUACGGAUCCACAGAGGGACACGCUCAUAAGCGUCGGCGCAAUUGCCGUGCCUUGAUUUCCAUCCGUCAUGAAGGUAGCGUUUGGUUCUGCGCUAUCUGGCCGUCCAGUCCCUUCUUGCCCCUUGCUCACGCACCUUGCGCUCCGUCUCUCUCCUCUUGAUCAUCCCUCGCCUAUCCACGAUCCUUCUCCAACAUAUGCUGUCCCUACUCGCUGCUUUCCUGCUGGUGAGCACGCCGCUUCUUCAGUGUGCCACUGCCCUUCAAGGCUUGCCGCUCCCUCGAUACGGCGGCUGGCGCAUGCUCCAGCAAACGAUCUACGCUCCUCGCCCGCACGCCUCAGGCGGCUACGACCAGAAGGACGAUGGCUCCAACAAUCCCUACGCGGAUAUCAUCGAAGCCAACUUCACGCAACCUCUUGACCAUCUCGGCAACAGCAACAACAUCACCUUUCCUCAGCGAUAUUAUUACACGUUGCGCCACUACAAGAAGCCCAGCGAGAGGAAGAAGGGAGAGCCCUGUCCUGUGUAUAUCUUCGACAAUGGGGAGCUGAGCGCUUGGCAACGGCUGAACAUCUUGGACCAUGGAAUAAUUGACAUUCUUGCGCAGCAGACCGGCGGCAUAGGCAUCGUCCUUGAGAACCGCUUCUUUGGCACUUCGCACCCUCCGCGCUCUGCACUAGGCCCAGGCAAGACUUGGACGACGGACCAGUUCGAGUUCGUCCGCUACCAGCAAAGCCUAGCGGACAGUGUCGCCUUCUUUGAGCAUCUGAACAUCACUGGCGUCGAAGAGGACCUGACGGCCCAGACUGGCUCUGCUGCAAUCAUCCUGUACGGCGGAAGCUACGCUGGUGCCAGAGUGGCUCACCUGAGGAAGCUCUUCCCCCAGCUCGUCUACGGGGCUAUCAGCUCUUCCGGAGUUGUGGCGAGCGUGAGGAACAAUUAUGGCUACUACCACCAGAUCGCGAGAGGCAACAAUGCCACUGCCAUUCAGGGACUCCAAGCCGCGAUCCGAGCCAUGGACAAGAUCGUCGCACCUGAGCCGUCGCGCGGUUCCAAGCAGACCAACAUUGACCAGAAGAAGUUUGCCAAGUUGCUCGAGCUGUUCAAUCUCAAGGGUAUCAAGAAUCCUUUAUCCCUCGCCUUCCUUGCCACUUCGGCUCUUGGCUGGCACCAAGGCAACUCGUGGUAUGAGCCUCACGCCCCACAGUUUGAGCAGUACCUCCUCGACUUAGCCGUGACGAACGAGACGCGCGUUGCGCCGCUACGCAAGCAACGAGAGCAGCUAGGCCUCACACCCGAAGAGGUGCCCGAGGAGCUGCUUCGUCUCGCGGGUAUAUGUCGUGCCAGAUCGAUCGACUCAUGUGUGUCGCGACCCAACUCCAGCGCAGUCAAGUGCUUUGAGAUAGACCAUAAGCCCGUUCCACCCCCCGAAGAGCUGGAUGACGGGUGGGUCUGGUUCUACAUGGCUUGCAUGGAAUUUGGCCAGUUCCAAACCGCCUCGCCUACAGCCAAUGGGUCGCUCACCCCGAGCGGGCCCCAGGUCGUCUCGGCCUUGCUGGACGAGGCGACGGCCAGCGGAUACUGCAAGACAAACUACGCGGUUGGGCCCUCCGGCAGGUUCCCCAUGGCGGAGAAGGCGAACAACACCUGGUUCAACUCGCACGGCAAUUUCAGCAUCGAUAUGCCUCGCCUCGCCCUGGUCAAUGGUCAAUUCGACCCUUGGCGUGAGGUCAGCGCUCACUCGGAGCUCUACGCCAAUGGAGGUACCCGGCCUAACACUCUCGAGAGGCCGACGAUCUUGAUUCCAGAUGGGAUCCACCACGAUGACGAGUACGGCGUCGUGCCUGGUACUAAUGUUACGAAGCCGUGGCGCGUUCAGCAUGUGCAGGACCAGCUGAUCGCUGCGGUCAAGUCUUGGCUGGCUGAUUGGGAGAAAGAGAAGGCAAGGGAGCGCGACGCUGAUGCCGAGCAUCAGCGCCGUGAGAUGCGUCGCCAUCACCAUCACGAGCGUCGAGGAAGGCAGAGCCUCUUUGCCGCGCCUUCUCACUGA